AUGAAGUUGUUGAACUCUUCCUUGCUGCUACUCGCUCUCCAGCCAAAUCUGGCGCUUGCUUGGGGGCUUAAUCCAACAGGAAUCUCACCAUUGAAGUCUUGUCGUCCUACACUUGGCACAUCACCACGAGGUCCUUUCAAGUUCACGUCGAGUAUUUCACAGCCUCGAACAAGUGGGACAUGCUUGACAACUUCCAAAGAUGCCGUUGAGGGAGAGCCUUCACGCGGAUUUUUUAGCAAGUUCAAAGCCGCCAUCCCGCCAGCCGAGGAAAGGAAGAAGUUGGUUCCAUUGUCAUUGAUGUUCUUUGCAAUUCUAUUCAACUACACAAUCCUCCGAGAUACAAAGGAUGUGUUGAUGGUGACAAGUUCAGGUGCCGAAGUGAUUCCUUUCAUAAAGACAUAUGUCAACUUGCCUGCAGCAAUUGGCUUUACGGCUCUAUAUGCAAAGUUGAGUGACUCGAUGGAGGACACCUCUGUGUUUUAUUCAGUUGUCGCAAGCUUUCUCUUGUUCUUUUCGAGCUUUGCCCUUUUCAUCUAUCCAAAUCGAGAUCUUUUGCAUCCAGUCAGCGCUGUCCAAUGGCUAUCGACGCGUUUGCCUUUAGGGUUUUCUGCGCCACUUGCCAUCAUUCGAAACUGGAGUUUUAGUUUGUUUUACGUCAUGUCGGAAAUGUGGGGAAGUGUCGUAUCCAGUCUCCUCUUCUGGAAGACGGCAAACGACGUGACGACUGUGGAAGAAGCAAAGAAGUAUUAUCCUCUAUUUGGGCUCGGAGCCAAUGUUGCUUUGAUUGUUUCCGGACAAUACGUCCGAUGGGUGUCCAACUUGAGAGCUAAUUUGGAUCCAGGAGUAGACGCAUGGGCGGUUUCGCUUAGGUUCUUGAUGGGUGCAGUCUUAACAUCUGGGACGACAUUGUUGAUGACGUAUAGGCACUUGCAAAAGAAUGUUGUUGGUACUGUGAAGCGAAGUCCUGGAGCCCCGAAGAAGGCAAAGGGGCCAAGAAUGACCAUGAAGGAGUCGGCACAAUUUCUUAUUAACUCGCCGUAUAUCCGUAAUUUGGCCAUGCUUGUCAUAUCCUAUGGCGUGUGCAUCAACAUUGUUGAAGUGAGCUGGAAGGCAAAACUGAAGGAAGCAUUCCCAUCUCCUAAUGAAUACUCUGCGUUUAUGGGAGCCUUCAGUUCGGUCACUGGAUCUGUAACAUUGCUCAUGAUGCUUCUUGGACGAACCAUCUUUUCCAAGUUUGGGUGGAGAUUUGCAGCCCUUGUGACACCAAGCAUGAUUGGGGUUACUGGAUUGUCUUUCUUUGCGCUGAACUAUUUCUCCGACUUUUUUGCUCCUCUCUCUGCGGCGUUUGGAACGACACCGUUGAUGAUGGCAGUCAUUGUAGGAGCUGCGCAGAAUAUCUUGAGCAAGAGUUCAAAGUAUUCGUUGUUUGAUCCGUGCAAGGAAAUGGCGUACAUUCCACUGGACAAGGACUCAAAGACAAAGGGCAAAGCAGCAAUUGAUAUUAUCGGAAAUCCUUUAGGGAAAAGUGGGGGUUCCUUGAUACAGCAAAUCCUAAUCUUUAGUGUUGGCAGUCUUGCAGCAGCAACACCUUACUUUGCGAUGAUCCUUAUGGGCAUGAUUUAUCUUUGGAUUAAAUCCGCCAAUUCGCUCUCCGUCCAGUUCGAUGCGGCAAUGGAAAGUUCGGGAGAAUAA